GUGCCCCCGAGCCCGAAAAAUCAGCGCCCGAGCGGGACAAAUUCUGACCACCUCACCACUGCCAUCCCCCCUCCCAGCUGGCGACACCCUCAAACCAGCCGGACCCGACCGACAGACGAGCGACCGUGACGGGCGAAAAAUUCGCAAUCCGUCAACGCUUCAUCAACCACCACCCUUUUCAUCGCCGUGCACGCCUGCAUUCAUCUCCUGCCGCCUCGCUCUGCAUCCUGGUGCAUCCGUUUGACCCUCAAACGGAUGUCGCGACCGCCGAUGCUAUGACUGAGGUCGGCCCUUCCGACCUGUCGAGGCUGCUUCAGACCAAGCGUAAUGAAUGCAGUGCAAUCGUGACGUCGCGGAAGCGGAAGCUUCGCGAGUUGUUCGCGGUCGCGACACAGGUCGACCCGCUGCCCGACCAUGCCCUCGCUAAUCCAGACGCGCCGGCGGCCACACCGGCCGAAUGGCAGUUCCUGCAAGCCAGCGACAUCUUACAGGGCAAGACGCUGAACGAAGUCAACAUCCCUGCGAGACCCAGGUUGUCGCUCGAACGGCUCAAACGAUCGCUUGCCGAGUUCAACAAGAUCGCCGCACCUUUGAACGCAGCCUCUCCAUCUGCUCCUGGUCUUGCCGAUGCGCGAACAGCCAAGGUGAGGAAGCAGGCGCCGUCUGAAGACGCGCCCGUGGUACCGAAUGGGGAGGGUCUCCCUGUAGCAACCCCGAACGCGACGCCGAUUCCCUCCGCGAAGCUGGCGCCGACGCCGACGCCGACGCCGACGCCGACACCGCCAUCGCAACAAGACUCGACCCGAAGCCUGCCACAGGGCCAGAAGAACGCGGGCGUCGCUCCGGUACAGCAGUCUCGCCAUGAUGACGGUACAGCCCAAGCAGGCCGUGGCGUCGCAGGCCCAAAUUCGAAGGGGACCCAGCAAGGACAACGCACUGCUCAGGUUGCGUUCCCUCCUGGGACCAAGGGUUCUCCAUCAGCAGACGCAGCUUCUGUGGUUGACGGUUCUACCGGCAAGCCGGCGAGCGCUUUGGAUGCCAAGAGGGACGCCGAUGCAUCCAAUACUCACCGCGACACCAACGGCGCGCUGUCCAUAAAACUCCCAACGGACGUAGCCAAGAUUUCGGAGGCCGUGUCCACUCCAGGCUCAACGGCAGCGAGUGCCACAACCCCUGCGCCCCACGAAAGCUCAACGGACACGAGUCCCGACAACGAUGGGCCAAGAUCAUUGGAUGUCGCGGGUCAAAGGGAGCAGGAUGAGGACGCCGUGGCCAAGGGUCUGCUGACGGUAUCAGAUCCGCUGGACCAGAGUCAAACACCCGAGGCUCAACUAUUUCGCGAAUCCGUGCGACGGAGCGCUGAGACGUCGAAUUCGGCGACGAAAACAUCGCCAAUUGCCCCGAUGCCUACAGCACCCCGACCUGCCGAUGAGACGAAGGCACGCCCGAUUUCCAAACCCGAGUCGAAACCAGCGUCCGCUGCUGCCGGUCCAGAGCAGCUGCCUGUGUCCACAGGAGCCCCUCGUAUUACAGAGGUCCCCGACAGCGAAGGGGGUAGUCCGGAUGAGAUGGACAUCGAUGUUCCCGAGAACGUGCCCGCACAAGAGAGCAAGGUUCUGGCUUCACGAGAGCCCAAUAUUCCCACACAGGAGGCUCCAGCCCUGCCACCGACGCGAAAGGAAUCGAUGAGGGAGCAGUCGCAGGACAUAGCACCAGAACGGGCGGUGACGCGCGUAUCGUCCGGUGCAAUGCGGUUAAAGUCAGUAACCGAGAUCGUUGGAGGCGCUGGGCGCCAGGCACAAGGAAGCGAUCGAGAACCCACCACGAAAACAGCCCACGAUCAACUGACCCCGGUUACCUCAACUCCUCAAUCUCCGGCCUCAAGAAUUAGGACGGCUGGUUUAUCGCGAAAGGACCGGCAAAAGGGCCAAACGUCGACUGUUUUGUUCGGCAAGCAGCCCAAGCGGGUAGAGGACAGAGCGCUUGUCCCAGGACAUAAGGACUCCCUCCAGGCCUCUGACGACUAUUACACGCCGCUGUUUGUUCAGAACUUUUCGGGAUCGCCCAACUGGAUGCAGCCGCUGGAGCGGAUCCUGUUCCAGGCGAACAAGACGAUAUCUACCCCUGACGCCCACCUUGUUAUCCAGGAUCACCAAGCCUGCCGAGUCCUCCGGAGGGUCUACCACUUGCAACAACAUGACAAGUGGUCGCUACGCCAGCCGAAGCGAUGCCCUGAACCCACCAGGCCGGCAUCUCAACAGGACGUCUUACUGCAAGAGAUGAAAUGGAUGCGGACCGACUUCCGCGAGGAGCGUAAAUGGAAGAUGGCCGUUGCUCGAAACCUCGCCCACGCCUGCGCGGAAUGGCUCGAGGCCACUCCCGAAGUUCGCAAGACACUCCAGGUGGCCGCCGUCAUCCCACCCAAGACACAGCUGGCCGACGGCGACGUGCCGAUGGUUGAUGCGGAAGCACCCGCAGACAGCCAAUCCACACCAGAGCUUGUAUCCUCUGGUGACGUUGACUCGCCCCAGAAUAUCGAUGAGAUUGUGGAGGACCUUGUGGAAACGGUGGCUCCCUCCGCCAUAUUCACUCUGCAAGAGGACGACGUGGUGUUUGGGCUUCGAAGAACACCGGCGGCGGACAAAUUGCUCGAGGAGCUGCCCAUGUACGGCCCGCCCUUGCAGGUUCCCAAGGUCGACAUCGCUGGCCCUGAGUACGACCCAGACGCGCACUGGAAACGCUCUGCUUUACCGCUGAGCAAAUACGUGGAAGGCGAGAUGAAGCUAGCACUGCCUGGGCCUCCGCGCAGCCGUGGACGUUUUGCCUACACUGACGAGGAUUCUGACGACGCCGACGAGGGUGGCUUCGUUGCCGACCAGCUCGUCCACACUUUCAAGUUGCCGCCUACCACGGACGAGGUCUCGCUAUUCCACCCCGAUUCCAAGCACAUCCGAGAUCGGCUGCACGCAGGCCAUCAGUUCCGGCCACCGUCAGAGCACGCGAUGCCGACACAGAGCUUCUUCGAGGCAAGGAACCCGUCGCAGUGGACUCUGACGGAGGACGACGAGCUUCGCGGGCUCGUGAGAGAGUUCUCGUACAACUGGUCUUUGAUCUCCAGCAUGCUGUCCACAAGAUCGCUGUUUUCUGCUGGUGCUGAGCGACGGACGCCCUGGGAGUGCUUUGAACGAUGGAUCAAUCUCGAGGGUCUCCCCGCUGACAUGCAGAAGACCCAGUACUUCAAAUCAUACAAUGGUAGGAUCGAGGGCGCUCAGCGGGUUAUUGCCCAGCAGAACCAGAUUGCCGCCCAACAGGCCAGCGCGUCUGGCGGCGCCGUCACCCCGGUGCGACGUAGGCCGUCUGUUCCCAUGAGGGUCGAGAGGCGCCGCAACCAGAGGCACCUCACGAUGAUUGACGCCAUGAGGAAGCUCGCGAAGAAGCGAGAGACGGCGGUGCAGAAACAGCAGCAUUCGGCCUCGCAAAGCAAUGCCAACAAGAAGACCAACGACAACGUCUCUCAGCGGCCAGCCAAGACGCCUCGCGAUUACAGCCUCAUGAGGUGGGAACGAGAUCAAGCCCUGGCGGAGAAGAUGGCGCAGUACGCCCAACGACAGGAGCUUCAACGACGCGCUGCGAUAGCAGCUCGUGCGCAGCAGGGUCAAGGCGGUGCUGCUGCUGCUGCCGCCGGCGCGCAGGGUCAAAACGCAAACCACCCAGGCGCCAACCCUGGCGUCAACGGCGGCCCUCGUCCCAUCUCGAACCAGCUUGCCGCUGCCGCUGCUGCCGUCGCGGCCAGCCAGGGCCGACAGCGCAUGCAGAUUCAGCCUCCCGCAAACAACGUCGGUGCCAUGCAGGGCCAAAUGAAUGGCGGGCUCUCUGCCCCGGCGCAGAUGAAUGGAACGCCUCAGGCGCAGCAGAUGCAAGGCAUGCAGGGCCAGCACAGGAUGCCCAUGCCGAAUCAGCAGCCGGACGCCAGUCUCAUGCUGCGAGCGCAGCGCAUCUCGGAGCAGCAGCGUGCUGCCGUCCAGAUCCAACAGGCUCAGCAUCACCAGCCUCAACAGCAGCAGGCCAACGGCGGAACCCCCGGUCCCACGGGGCCGCACCAUUCCCCGCCCAUGCGCAAUGGCAUCAACGGCAUGACCCAGCAGAACUUCAUGAAUAAUGCGCAGGCCAUCAUGGCGUCUUACAACGCCGCCGCCGCCGCAAAUGCAGGCGGCCAUUCGUCGCCGCCGCCGCCGAAUGGGCUGCACAUGCCAUCUGCUGCCGCCGCUGCUUCGCCCGGCCAACGCCCGCACCCUCAGCUCCCUCCGGCCAUCGCAGUGCAGCUGCAGCACCUCGAGACCAGUUUCAGGGCUAAGAAUCCGAACUUGACGCCCGAGCAAGCCCGCCAGCUCGCGACCGAGCACCUCACACGGGCCAUGGUAGCUCAGCGGCAGAACGCAAUGAACGCCGCUGCGGGUGCGUCUGGACAGCCCGGGAUUGCUAACAGCAUUGCCGCCGCGACCAGCAGCCCUCACCAAUACGCCGCCCUGCUUCGCCAACAGCAACAGCAGCAGGCCCAGGCCCAGGCCCAGGCCCAGGCUCAGCAGCAGCAGGCUCAGCAACAACAGCUCCAGCAGCAGCAGCAGCACGGGCAGCCGCAACACCAUCAACAGCAGCCUCAGCAGCAGCCACAACAGCAUCCUCAGGCGCACCAAAUUCGCCAGCAGCAGGCACAUCAGCAAAAGCAGACGCCGCAGCAGACGCCACCACAGCAGCCUCAGCAGCAGCCUCAACAGCAACAGCACCAACCGCCCCUACAACAGCAGCAGCAGCAGCAGCAGCAGGCACAGCGCAACAGCGUAAGCCAGGCUCCCUCCACCAACGGCACACCGACCCCUGGGCCCGCCUCGGCCAGCCCGGUGCAAGCUCACCAGCGGGCCGCGAGCGGCAGCGCCACGCCAUCUGCUGCUGGAAAGUGAGGCUGGCUGGCUGUUGGAUCUGGCCCCUGCCCUCGAGAGAGGGGCUUGUUGCUUGUUUGCUUGAUUGCUUGCUUGCGUGCGUCUGAGCGUCUUUUUCUGCAUUGUUUUUGCCCCUCCGGCGCGAGUCGAGGAACUUCUCCCAACACUGCACUGCAAGUUUGACGAUAGCGUUGCUCCGUGAUUCUUGGGGCGAGAGAGCAUGGAUAUUAUCUGCAAUGACCAUUGGGAAGCGGGAAGGGAGCAACUUUUUAUUGGGGCUAAAUAAGCUGGGAUGGAGGAUGGUUCCGGAUCCUCGAAUCUACGGGAAGCGCUUGGCACAGCGACGGGCACGGUCGCCGGAUGGGGAAUGCAUGGCCAUGGCCAUGGCCACUUGUUCAGGGACGGGGAUUGCAAGGGCACCUACUGCUACUACUGCUACUACGUACGUACGUAGACAGUACUGUUUGGGGAAGGGUAGGUUGACGAUGUACAUAUCUUAAUGGUCGAGUAUAUUCUGUGGGACGCGCAUCCCUCUUCGUACUCGACUCCCUCUCUCUCUCUCUCACUCUCGCUCUGUGCCGAAAGGCAGGCAAGGCACAGGCAGACAGGACAUGAGGAACCCUACCUUUACACCGUACCUCGUACUGUUCCCUUGAAUUGCAGACUGUGUGAUCCG